AUGUUUGGUAGACAAUUGUCAAUCAAUCAAUCAGGCAAUCAAUCAGUCAAUCAGCAAACGUUCAAGAAUUCAUCAUUAUCACUAGUUAGAUUAAAUAGAACAUCAUAUAGCAAUUGUUUGUUGAACAGUACAAUUAAUUCAGUUGUUGUUCCAACAUCUCUGUUGAAAUGUAACAACUACAGUGCAAUCAAGUCAUAUUCAACAGCAACAUCGACUACCACCACCACCACUGCAACCAAAGAGGAUGUAUACAAGGCAUCGGUUGCCAGACCAUCACCACAGAGAGGUCGUCGUCCAAACAAGCAGAAAUCACCAUCGUUCCCACAGUAUGCACAUAUCCCACGUCUGGCCACUGCCGGUCUCCACCGUAUCGCAAUGAUGGGAUUCGAUUUCUAUUUGCUCGAUAUCCGUCCUGCCGCCGAGUUUGCUGCAGAGUCGGUUGUCGGUUCAGUCAGUCACCCAGUCGAACACCUCGACAAAUCAUCGGAGCAACUCGACAAGUCAUCGAUGGUGCUCUUACUCGGUCCAAAGGAGAAAGGUUACCCAGUUGCAUGUGAAGCCGCUUUGAAAUUGCAAAGCAAAGGUUUCAAAUCGGUUAUCGUCUUGGAGAGUAGCGUAAAGGAAUUGGUUAACGCUGGUUUCUUCUACAACGCUCCAGCCGACAUCAAAUUAAAUUAA